AUGCCCCGCUUUUACCAGCUUCUCAUAUUCGCUGUACUACCAUCAAUAUGGGGUGCGCCAACUCCCACACUCGUACAGUCUCAACAGUCCGCUUCAAACACACCGGACAUCAGUCUUCCCUCACUGGCGGCCUCGUCCCAUACUCCUACUGACUUGGAUCUUCCAGAUCACAUCGCUUUCAAUCUACUACCAACGAGCGAGCCAGUAGAAGCAUCCAAAAGAGCAGGAUUAGACGACUAUCUAUGGUUGACUUCCGCAGUACAUGUUAUGACCAAAGAGAUAAAGCAAGGAGAUGAGGAUUCUUUAGCGACAGACCUUACAGUAAUCAAUAAGAAGGUUAUUACAGGUGUGAACGAGGACCGAGCAGAACGAAAAGGAAGAACGUUAGUGAUGGAUAAAGCCAGAAGUGGUAGAAGAAGGAGGAAUUGGAGACGAAGAUCGCACCCAUAA